CUCUCAAAAGCUACAAAGACCUCGACAUGCUUUUGGACAGAGUGAGAGUAGUGGAAAUCAUGUUGACUCGUAGUGUAUCUGCUUCGACCUCACCACAAACCUGAAAAACCACACACACACUCUCUCUCUCUCUCUCUCUCUCUCUCUCUCACUGUUCAUUCUGGCAUUUACAUCAUUGCAUAAUUUCUGCGGGUUUGAUUAUUUUCUGUGAUGGAGCCUUGGAGUUACACAUCAGAAGGGAAAGGCCUUUUGUUUCCUGAUGAAAUAGAUUUACAAGUUGAUGCUUUUGCUAGAAGCAAAAAACCAUUAAUGGAAUGGGAUAAUAAACCCAAUUUUAGUUUUGAAAGCAACGGGCUUGUAUCUGAUAGAGAAGCGGUUGAGAGCAUGGAUUUUGUCGAAUUGGGAUUCCCUGACUUUGUGAGAAAACCAUUUCAUGGUAACCAAGGAUUAGAGAUGUUCAGUGGUGAGGUUGGCAGCAGUUCUAGUCAAAGAGCAGUUUCCCCAUCGUGUAUUAUUACCUCAAAUUCAUGCUUUGAAGAAGUGGCUUCUGAAGAAAAGCUUUCAAGUUCAGGCAUGGAAACUAACAACCAAGAUUUAUCACUUAUUGAUUUGAAGCUAGGGAGAUUGGCUGAUUGCAAAGGUGCAGAGAGCAGCAAGCUUUUUAAACACAGACCGGUUUUGUCAUCUGAACCACCAUCCUUGCUGACAAAGCGAGCACGCAAAGCAAAUUCACACUCUCAGGCUGCCUUCUGCCAAGUCCAUGGUUGUAACAAGGAUUUGAGCUCCUCAAAGGAUUACCACAAAAGGCAUAAAGUUUGCGAUGUUCACUCCAAGACUACCAAAGUUAUUGUUAACGGCAUUGAACAAAGGUUUUGUCAACAGUGUAGCAGGUUUCAUUUGCUGGCUGAAUUUGAUGAAGGGAAGCGAAGUUGUCGUAAACGCUUAGCAGGCCAUAAUGAACGUCGAAGGAAGCCUCAGUUAGAUACCCUUUCUGGUAAACAUAAGCUGCUUCAAUCAUAUCAAGACACUAGAUAUCUGGGGACUUCCUUCCCAAAGAGAACACCCUUUGUUUUCCCUGACAUUUUUCGACCUGGCAUUGUUCAUCCAGGAAAAUCUGAUCAAGCUAAUUGGUUUACUCAUAUCAAGUUAGAAGGGGAGUCAUUUUACAGUCCUCAAUCGGCAAUACCUCUCGCAAAUGGGCAGUUGAUCCCAAAAUCUUUCCUUCAUCUGCAUGACAUUGGGAAACAACAUUGUUUGGGAGUGCCUUCAGCAGGAACUGAAAACUGUGAUGUUACUGUUUCAACAAUUCAGGAACUAUCUGGGGCCUCGAUCUCCAGUCGUGCUCUCUCUCUUCUGUCAGCCCAAUCACAGGGCUUGUCAAGUCAUUUGACAGGAAUUCCAAUGGCUAGCCCCCAGAUUAUGCAAGGUGACGCUGCCCAUCAUGUUGGUGUUCAAAUUUUUGAGAAGCCGUUAAGGGCAAGCUCUAUGGAACAAUAUGGACCAAGUGGACUCUAUUCACAUGGGCUGAACUCCAUGGACGUUGGUAAGAUGGGAUCCAUAAUGUUUUCUGAUGCUAGUCAUGCUGCUGAUUUUCAAGUCUGUACUGAAGGGGGUUUUCAAGAUUCGGGUAUGCUGAAUGCUAAGUAUUGUCCAUCUCCUGAACAUGGAUCCACAGUUGAUUGGCUCCAAUUGUCAUCACAUCUUCAAAGAGUGGAACGACAGAAAAAUUCCAUUCAAGUAAAGCAAGAAAAUGAGGACUCAUGCUAUUUCCCAACCUUUAGAGUGUUAUGCAAUCAACAAGGUUAAGGGGAGGCAGUUUAGGACAUGCUGCAAAUGAUUCAAUAACUUCAUUUGUGCUGUUUCAAUGGAUCAUAGAAAAUUUGGAUACCGUAAGUUGGAGCAUUCCUACUUUAAAAAGGUAAAUAAGAAUGAUUUGCGGCUUUCUCUACUGUAAAGUAAUGCAAGUUUGCAUCUGUAAGUCCUUCUAAGAACCUUUAUUCCCUUUGUUUCUACAAACAUUAUGCUAAUCCAAGGAUUUUAGCUAUUGAUGAA